CGUUAGCAAAAUCAGAAGUUUCAAAAAUCCUUGUUUAUCUAUAAAAACAUGACGAGCAAAGACGAAUAGAUAUACAACACCUUCUUUUUUCUUUUAUUUCCUGUUCUUUUUCAGUUCAUCAGCUGUUUUUCUUAUCUAUUCCUUGGCUACCAUGGAUAAAUGAAGUGAUCAACUUCACAUAUACUUUCUAUCUAUGAUGGCCCCUGGCCACAUGAUACCACUAGUAGACAUAGCCAGGCAAUUUGGUAGACAUGGAGUGAAGGCACCCAUUAUCACGACUCUUCUCAACGCGUCUAAAUUCUCUAAAACAAUCCAAAGAGACAGAGAGAUGGGCAGUGAUAUUAGCAUCCAUACAGUCAAGUUUCCUUGCAAAGAAGCUGGAUUGCCGGAGGGCUGUGAAAACAUAGCUUCUACAACUAGUAGACUGAUGUAUCUGAAUUUCACCAAGGGCCUAUCGCUGUCAAAACCCAUUGAACGGUUCCUUGAGGAAGACCAUCCAGAUUGUCUAACAGCAGCCCCUCAAUUUUCAUGGGCUGUUGAGCUUGCAGCCAAGCUGGGAAUUCCAAGACUAGCUUUUAAUGGCACUGGUUUUUUCCCUUUUUGUGCUUUACAUGGUUUGAUGGAACACAAACCUCAUUUAAAAGUUGAAUCCGAGAUGGAAGAAUUUGUCAUCCCUGGACUUCCUGACAAAAUAAAGAUGUCAAGACAAAAGCUUUCAGAACACUUGAAGGAUGAAAAAGAAACCCCAAUGACUGCUUUAGUUAAAGAUAUGAUGCGAGCAUAAACGACUAUUUAUUGAGCUAUUGUAAACAGCUUUUAUGAGAUGGAACCAAAUUGUGUAAAUCACUUCAGGGAAGUAGUAGGAAGAAAAGUAUGGCACGUUGGUCCUGUUUCGCUCUGCAAUAAAGACAAUGAAGAUAAAUUACAAAGAGGGCAAGACAGUUCCUUUUGUGAGCAAAAGUGUUUGAAUUGGCUCAAUACCAAGGAACCAAGAUCAGUCAUUUACAUAUGUUAGCAAAUGGCAGUGUUUUCAUCAGCUCUGCUUGAGAUAGCAAUAGCUCUCGAAGCAUCAAACCAGCAGUUUAUCUGGGCGGUGACACAGACUACAAUCAACGACGAGCAGAAUGAGUGGAUACCAGUAGGUUUUGAGGAAAAGCUGAACAGACGAGGUUUGAUAAUAAAAGGAUGGGCACCUCAGGUUCUAAUCCUUGAUCAUGAAGCUAUUGGAGGUUUUGUGACUCACUGUGGAUAGAACUCAUUGUUCGAAGGAGUAAUUGGACCGCUAUCAGCUGAGCAAUUUUUUAAUGAAAAGCUACUAGUAGAGAUAUUAAAAGUUGGAGUUCCAGUAGGUGCUGAUGCUUGGUCUAACAGAACAGAUAGCACAGUCCCACUAAACAGGAAAGACAUCGAAAGAGCAGUAACAAAACUGGUGGUUGGUCAGGAAGCUGAGGGUAUGCGAGGCCGUGCAGCUGCCUUAGGAAAAUUGGCUAAAGGGGCUGUGGAGAAAGGUGGAUCAUCUUACAGCAGUUUGAUUUCGUUACUAGAACAAUUGAGGAACAGAAAAAUUAGCUCUAGCUGAUGCGAAUUUUUACAUAUGUUGCUGAAACUAAACCACUAUAAAACUAUUGUAUCACAUCAAUUCCAAAUUAUGUAUACCAAAUUACA